AUGUAUUUUCUUAGAUAUGAGGCAUGGGUAGUUGAGGUUGUCUAUAGUUGUUUUGGAAAUGCUUCUGUUUGUGUCUAUAUAUGGUUGAAAAUUGCAGAGAUAUGUAUUAAUAAAAAAACUAGUAAAUCUGUUCUUUCUUUUGCAGUUAGUGUUAGUGAAGUUGAAGCACUAUAUGAAUUGUAUAAGAGCAUUAGUGGCUCUGUGAUUGAUGAUGGCCUAAUAAAUAAGGAAGAAUUUCAAUUGGCUUUGUUCAAGAACAGGAAGAGAGAGAAUCUUUUUGCAAAUCGGAUAUUUGAUCUCUUUGAUGUGAAGAGAAAGGGGUUUAUUGAUUUUGGUGACUUCGUCAGAUCACUCAAUGUUUUUCACCCAAAUGCACCUCAAGAAGAUAAAAUCAGUUUUACAUUUAAGUUAUAUGAUUUAGAUGGUACAGGAUUCAUCGAACGCCAAGAGGUUAAGCUAAUGUUGAUUGCCCUUUUAUGUGAGUCUGAAAUGAAGUUGACAGAUGAAAGUAUUGAGAUAAUACUUGAUAAGACAUUUCUUGAAGCAGAUAUAGACCGGGACGGUAAAAUAGACAAAUCUGAAUGGCACAAUUAUGUGGAGCGAAAUCCUUCAGUAAUGAAGAUAAUGACACUUUCAUAUCUGAGGGAUAUAACCACCACAUUUCCAAGCUUUGUUUUCCACUCUGAGGUCGAUGAAAUCGCUACAUAAUUUUGAAGAGAGAGUCUAAGCCGUUAUGUUUUGAAUUUACCAGAAGCAUACAUUUGUAUUAAAGAAAAAUGAGCACUUGUGGAUGGAUAUAUGGUGAGUAGCAUCUACAUAUGCUUUGUUGGAGGUUGUGGUAGGUUUAGAUGGGCCCCUCCUAUAUGCCAUUUGUAAUGUAUAUUCUACCAGGCAUUUUUGCUUUCUUUAUCCAUUUUUAGUGUUGAAAUA